CCGCCACGACAGUCUCGCAGCGGAGAGAGAGCUCACAGAAAGAUCUCAGUCACUGGUGGCCCGCAGUUAGCGUAUCUCCUCUGAUCUGAUCUUGGAGAGGCUCCUCCUGUGAGAAUGGCGGCCCGGCGGCAGAAAACUACGGUGCUCUGGUGGUUGAUUGUGAUCUGUGUGAUAGCGAGUGCAGAGGAGCAACAGCAGCAUGCUUUGGUGAACCCUACUGCCGACCAAGAUUUAGCCCAAGUGGACCAGCAAGAAAUGCGCUCAAUGGUCAGUAGACUGGAGUCACGAGUGGAGGCACUGGAGAGGAGCUUCGAAUCCCGAGUCGAGUCACUGGAAGGAGAGGUGGUUCAACUUCGGUCGAACGCCGAUGAGCUGUACGAUUUGAUGUAUAAACAAAUUUACAAUCAAAAGAGUCAGCAAGCCAAGCUCGAAAGCGAGUUGGAAAUUCAAAGCUCACUGAUUGACAAGCUCGCUAACCGUAUUUACGACCAUGAAUCUGAGUUCUCCAAAAUCACAGCUAUUAUUCAGCAAUCUCAGUCGCCUGAGCUGAGCUCACAGCCCGCUCAAAAUAAGACCGAGCAGAAUUCGACGUCAGACAAGCUGCUGCAUCCCCGCGACUGCAGCGAUUUGCCGGAGGAUUCUCCGACGGCAACCUACCUCGUCUACCCCGACCGCUCCCGGUCAGUGCGGGCUCGCUGUGACAUGGACACAGACGGAGGAGGCUGGACGGUCAUCCAGCGCAGAGACGACAUCAGACCGCGCAAAGACUUCUACCGCGGCUGGAGCGACUACAAGACAGGCUUCGGAGUACUGACUGGGGAGUUCUGGUGGGGUCUUGAACACGUCUGGCACCUGACUUCCGCUUCAGAUCGGCAGUACGUGCUGAGAGUGGACCUCGACGCGUUCGAUGGUGACCAAGCUUACGCCAUUUACACCAACUUCAGCGUCUCUUCAGAGUCGGACGGAUACAGGCUCAGUGUAUCCAACUACUCAGGAGAUGCCGGCGAUGGUCUGGAGUACGGCGUCAACAGCACAUUCUCGACCCACGACAGGAUCCCGGAAGACACGGAGACCAACUGCGCCCACGAAUAUCAGGGUGCCUGGUGGUACGGGAGCUGUGGGCUGAGCAACCUUAACGGACGUUAUGUCUCUCCUGGAGGCGACCCCAGGGGAAUCUGGUGGGGUGCGUGGCUGGGUCUGACACACCUCAUGAAGACCGAGAUGAAGAUCAGACCGGCUUAGCUGAUCUUCGCGUCACUCUGAUGUAGGGCUGCGGAGUCGGAGUCGGAGUCGUAGUCGGAGUCGGAGUCGGUCGGAGUCGACAGUUGUGACCGGAGUCGGAGUCGAUUUUGGAAACCUGAGCCGGAGUCGGAGUCGGAGUCACCGAAAAUCCGCCGACUCCGCAGCCCUGGUCUGAUGGACGCUAAGUGACGGUAGAUUGACGCGAUGACACCCAGCACGCACUGGUCUGAUAUCGCCCUGAACAGAAUUGUCGUUACCUAAAAGUGUCUCUUUCAAUGACAAGUGAUAAGCGACGGGUGUUUUGCUGUUCGGUAAUAUGUGAAAUGCGACUGAUGUUUGACGUGCAUUUACCAAUCUGACCUGCCGGCUUACUUUGUCAACAAUGAAAGAAGUAGGUAGGUAACGCAGAGAAAAAUAAAACAGCUACGAGUAUAAA